CACUAUUUUCAACAUUUUUGGUGCCUAUUUUAUCUAAUAUUGUCCUUUAUCGUGUGUUUAUUGCAGACCGCAACCAUGGGUCGCCGGCCAGCCCGCUGCUACAGAUACUGCAAGAACAAGCCCUACCCCAAAUCCCGUUUCUGUAGGGGUGUGCCUGAUCCCAAGAUCAGGAUCUUUGAUUUGGGCCGCAAGAAGGCUAAGGUGGAUGAGUUCCCCCUGUGCGGUCACAUGGUGUCUGACGAGUAUGAGCAGCUGUCCUCAGAAGCUCUUGAGGCUGCCCGUAUCUGUGCUAACAAGUACAUGGUGAAGACCUGCGGCAAGGAUGGUUUCCACAUCCGUAUGCGCCUCCACCCAUUCCAUGUCAUCCGCAUCAACAAAAUGUUGUCCUGUGCUGGGGCUGAUAGGCUCCAGACAGGGAUGCGUGGUGCCUUUGGUAAGCCCCAGGGUACUGUGGCUCGUGUGAACAUCGGUCAGGUGAUCAUGUCCGUGCGUACCAAGGCCCAGAACAAGGAGCACAUCAUUGAGGCUCUGAGGAGAGCAAAGUUCAAGUUCCCUGGACGCCAGAAGAUCCACAUUUCCAAGAAGUACGGCUUCACGAAGUUCAACACCGAGGACUUUGACGAGAUGAUGGCAGAGAAGCGCCUGAUCUCAGACGGCUGUGGGGUGAAGUACAUCCCCAGCCACGGGCCCCUCAAGCGCUGGAAGGCUCUGCACACCGCAUAGAUGUGUCAGCAUCUUGAGUGCGCUCUGGUCAAUAAAGAAGUCAAUAAAUAAUAAACAAAAAUCAUUUGGUUA